UCUCUCUCUGUGAAUAGGAAGGCAGCAACAGCAGCAGAUGCUGGAUCCUGGAGAAGGUCCGCCAUUAUCGGGAAGCUGAAAAAAAAAUAGACUUCUACACACCGUCACACGUUUAGCCUGCAACGUUCGGGAGGAAAACACCGCGGUUGGUUUCCGUCGAGCUCGCUGUUUGGUGUUCGCUCAACGGUCGUUGUUUUUUUUCGCUAAAUGAAGGCAGGGCACUGCGACCGUGCUUCCAUCCGGACUCUUUUAUUUUUGACACAACAAAGGAAAUAAUAAUUGCUCAAAACAACGUGGUGGUGAACCAAGAAGGAAAAACACACCGAAACAGCUCUUUUCCCUCACGCCUCCCCCCUUCCUGGUGUCCAGUCCGUCGCUGAAAAGGACGGAGAGUUUGAACAGCAUUUUUUCCCCUUUUCUUGACGAGGUUUUACUUCUUUUUUCCCCUCACACAGAGAGAGACAAGAGAGAGGUGUACAUGUGAAAACUUCAGACUGGUGGAAAAGGGGGAGUACUUGACGUGGAGAAGAAAAUGGACAGACAGUGUAUUUAGUGAGAGAAAAGGAGCGAAACAAUCGAUGUGAGUCGGGGUAGGGAGUGUUUUUCCUCUGCUUUUCCCCCUCUUUAUUAAAAGUCUUUCACCGGCUGUGACUCGCAGAGAUACAGUGAGAGGAAGAAAAGGAGUGGACGACAACUGCUGGACAGGGAGGAAUGCUAUGGGUCAGUCUCCAGUCCAAUAAACUCCCCUUGCAUGGAAACCCUCCUUCCUCGGCAGCCACCUCCUCUCCCUAGAGCUAGUGGCCAGCAUGGCAGGAUGAGCCUCUGCCAGCGAUGAUGAUGGCCAAAAAGCAAGAUGUGCGGGCGCCCACCUACAACCUGGUCGUGGUUGGGCUGUCCGGCACAGAGAAGGAGAAGGGCCAGUGUGGUGUAGGCAAAUCCUGCCUGUGUAACCGCUUUGUCCGGCCGAGUGCAGAUGACUUCUACCUAGACCACACCUCUGUUCUCAGCACAAGUGACUUCGGGGGACGUGUGGUGAACAAUGACCACUUCCUGUUCUGGGGAGAGGCUGGUCGGACCAUGGAGGAGGGUCCAGAAUGCCGUAUGAAUGUGGUGGAGCAGACAGAGUUCAUAGAUGAUCAAACAUUUCAGCCUCACAGAAGCACUGCACUCCAGCCUUACAUCAAGAGGGCAGCUUCUACCAAGCUGGCUUCUGCUGAGAAGCUGAUGUACUUUUGCACAGAUCAGCUGGGGUUGGAGCAGGACUUUGAGCAGAAACAGAUGCCUGAAGGCAAGCUAAUGGUGGAUGGCUUCCUUCUCUGUGUUGAUGUUAGCAGGGGUAUGAACCGUAGCUUUGAGGACCAGAUGAAGUUUGUCACCAACCUGUAUAACCAGCUAGCCAAAACGAAGAAACCUGUGGUACUGGUUCUGACCAAAUGUGAUGAAGGAGUUGAGCGCUAUAUUAAAGACUCGCAUACCUUUGCCCUUGCCAAGAAAAACCUACAGGUGGUAGAAACAUCAGCACGCUCAAAUGUCAAUGUUGACCUAGCUUUUCUAACACUGGUUCAGCUAAUAGACAAAGGUAGGGGAAAGCCCAAAAUUAUCCCUUACUUUGAGGCACUGAAACAGCAGAGUCAACAAAUUGCCUCAGCCAAAGACCGCUAUGAGUGGCUGGUCAGCCGAAUUGUGAAUAACCACAAUGAAUCAUGGCCCAGUGUCAGUCGUCGCAUGCAGUCUGCCCCUGAGUACAAGGACUAUGUCUUUCUUGAGGGGACAGCUAAAGCCAAGAAGCUGUUCCAACAGCAUGUACAUAGACUCAAACAAGACCAUAUAGAGAAACGCAGGAAGGCCUAUCUAACCACUCUACCACAGGCCCUGUCUGUACUGUUGCCAGAGCUGGAUGAGAUAGACCACCUAAGUUGGUCUGGAGUUCAGAAAGUCCUUGAGACAAAGAGAGAUUUCUCUCAGUGGUUUGUGGUUUUAGAUGACACCCCUUGGGAGACCACACCACACAUUGAUAACAUGGAGGAUGAUCGAAUCCCCCAGGACCUUUUGGAGACCCCUGCAGCUGAAUAUAUCUAUGAGACCCACCUGGAGCAGCUAAGGAAUGAGCGUAAACGGGCUGAGAUGAGAUGGGAGUUCAAGGAGAAACUAAGUGUCUCUCCUUUCAUCACACCAGGGAAACCCUGGGAGGAGGCCCGAAGCUUCAUAAUGAAUGAAGAAUUUUACCAUUGGCUGGAAGAGGCUGAAUAUCUGGAUAUCUACAACAAACACCAGAAGGAAAUCAUUGACCGAGCAAAAGAGGACUUUCAGGAACUUCUUCUUGAAUACUCGGAGCUCUUUUAUGAGCUGGAAGUGGAUGCAAAGCCGAGUAAAGAGAAAAUGGGAGCCAUUCAGGAGGUGUUGUGUGAGGAGCAAAGGUUUAAAGCCCUGCAAAAGCUGCAAGCAGAAAGGGAUGCCCUGGUAUUGAAACAUAUCCACUUUGUCUACCACCCCACAAAGGACACUUGUCCCAACAGCCCACACUGUGUGGACAGUAAAAUAGAACAGAUACUGGCCUCCCGAUUCCCUACCCGUUACCCAUCAUCAGACAUUUCAAGACUAGAGGGGGGUAGGGCUGAACGGAUAAAUCUUGUCAUCCUAGGUAAAGAUGGCCUAGCCAGGGAAAUGGCAAAUGAGAUAAGAGCCUUGUGCACCAGUGAUGACCGGUAUGUGUUAGAUGGCAAGAUGUAUGAAUUAACACUACGUCCGAUUGAGGGCAAUGUACGUCUACCAGUCAAUUCCUUCCAUACACCAACCUUUACACCCCAUGGUUGCCUGUGUUUGUACAAUUCAAAGGAAUCACUCUCUUAUGUUGUCGAGAGUCUAGAGAAACUCAGGGAGUCAACUAUAAGCAGAAGGGAACGGGAAAACAGCUUAGCCCAACUUCCACUGUCCCUCCUUCUGGUCACCAAGCGGGGGGUAGGAUCCAUAGGGGAUAUUGGUGGGGAGACAGCUCAGACUCUUAUUCAACAAGGACAGCAGGUGGCCGGAAAGCUGCAGUGUACAUACUUAGACCCUGCCUCUCCAGGUAUGGGGUAUGCACGCAAUGUCGGCGAGAAGCAGCUCAACCAGAUACUGAAGGGCCUCUUAGAAACAAGGAGAAGCAUAGGGAGCAGCUCUCCCCCCUUGCCUCCAUCAUCUGCCUUCAGAGAUUCUCAAUCCCAGCCAGUCCCAGAGGCAGACCUGAAAAUAGUCAUGUGUAUGAUGUGUGGAGAUACGUACGACCUAGACCAGCUCCUUGCUCCCUUUCUGUUGCCCCAGCAUUGUCGUCCUGCCUCUACUCUUAGUAGUGGCACCUCCAUUAUGCUGGAUCUCAGUAUAGGAGGUCAGAGGCAGAAUAUUGAGCUGUCACUACUCUCUUUCCAUUCCACAUUCUCCCUCCGCAAAACCAGACUAGUCCAUGGAUACAUUGCAGUUUAUUCUGCUCGCCGCAAGGCCUCUAUGGAGACAUUGUGUGCUUUCCUGUGUGAGGUCCAAGACAUCAUCCCAGUCCAGUUGUUAGCUGUAGGGGAGAGUCAGAUGGAGCUGUCAGACUCAGAGUCAGCUAAGGAGCAAGUGAGUCAGGGAGAUGAACUGGCACGUGAAAUAGAGGCUAGGUUUAACACAGUAAUAUGUGGACAUGGUGGGGUAGUUGGGGGGCUUCAUAAGAUAGACCUUUUUCAGACCUUCCUUAAGGAUGUUGUAGAGAAGCGCACUAUUGUUGAGGCAACACACAUGUAUGAUCAUGUGGCUGAGGCAUGUACGAAUGAGAGCAUCAGCCCUCGCUGUGGCUCACCCAGUCCAGUUAACAUUCUUAUGGACUCGGAGGAGGAUAUCGACCCAUCACCACCUUACCCCACCCUGAGGGAUGAUGGUAGUCUGUGUUCUCACUUAGGAAGCUUCAAGUUGCCAGAUUUGGAUUCAAGUGAUACCUUCUCUGUCAUUUCUGAGCUUAGCACCUUUGAGAGCAAGCUUAACAACAAGAUUCCUCCUCAAGUAAAGCCCAAGCCUGUUCGUAAGGUUAACCUCAGCCCAUACAUGGAUCAUCAAGGUGGCACCAACCGCCGCUCCCAAGCUGUUACCUGGGCACCAGGUAGCGAGGGUGGCUAUGACCCCUCAGACUACGCCGAGCCCAUGGAUGCUGUGAGCAAACCUCGACUCACAGAGGAAGAGACUAUUUACUCUGUCCCCCAUGACAGCACACAGGGCAAAAUUAUCACCAUCCGCAAUGCCAACAAGGGUCAUGCAAAUGGGAGUGCUGGUGGGAAUGGUUCAGACAGUGAAGCUGAUAGCAGCUCACUGGAGCGGAGGAGAAAAUUGUCUGCCAUUGGAAUAAAGCCAAAACUUUACAGAGACAGAUCUAAACGACUUGGCAAGUUCAGCAGUUUUAGAACAAGCUUCUCAAUAGGCAGUGAUGAUGAGAUGGGGGGUCCACCCAAGGCUAGCCAGGACGAUGGAGCCCAGAAGGACAACUCCAUCGAGGAGAACGAAGACCCCAAAAGGAGAAAUAUACUGAAAAGCCUGCGGAGAAAUACAAAGAAACCACGACCCAAGCCCAGGCACUCCAUCUCAAAACCCAUUGAAAGCAACUACUUUGGCAUGCCACUAUCCACCGUGGUCUCCCUUGAAAGACCAAUCCCUGUCUUCAUUGAGAAGUGCAUCCGCUUUAUUGAAAUGACAGGCUUGAGCACAGAGGGCAUCUACAGGGUCAGUGGAAACAAGGCAGAGAUGGAAGGCAUGCAGCGACAAUUUGACCAAGACCAUAACCUGGACCUGGUGGAGAAGGACUUCACCAUCAACACAGUAGCAGGAGCCAUGAAGGCUUUCUUCUCUGAGCUGCCUGAGCCUCUGGUGCCCUACAACAUGCAGGGAGAGCUGGUGGAGGCCUUCAAGAUCAACGAUAGGGAGCAGCGCUUCCAGACGAUGAAGGACAUCCUGCGCCGCUUCCCCAGGGAAAAUUACGAGGUCUUCAAAUAUGUCACCAGCCACUUAAACAAGGUGAGUCAGAACAACAAGUUCAACCUGAUGACCAGUGAGAACCUGUCCAUCUGUUUCUGGCCCACACUGAUGAGACCAGACUUCACCACCAUGGAUGCCCUGACUGCCACUCGCACCUACCAGACAAUCAUUGAGAGUUUCAUCCACCAGUGUGCGUACUUCUUCUACAAUCAACCACUGGCCGACGGCCUCCCUGGCUCGCCCACCUCUACGCUCUCCUCCUACGGAGGAACCUCGGCCUACUCCUGCAUGGCUGGAGGCUACUCAUCCUCUCCGACUCCGUCCCCGACUCCUUACGUCCUCCCUGCAACCCCGCCUGUCAUUCCACACUAUGGCCCCCCUAUCCACCACCACCACCACCACCACCAUCAGCAUCAGUCCCCACCCCGCCCUCCUCCUACUCCCCAGUCCCCUUUGCCAGCGCUGCUGCCGCCCUCCCUGCAUCCUCAUCAUCCACCCACAGAACAACACACGCUGUGAACCAGGGAUCAAGGGAAAGACGAGAAGAAGAAAAAACAAAGAUGAUGACAAGGUUUAAUGAUUCACAAAAGAGAGAUUCUAAAGUUUGGGAAGGAAGUAAAGAAGAUGCAUUGAAAUGGGAACAGGAGAAGUUGGGAGAGAUUGAGUGAGAUGCAGUAUGUACAGGGAGAAACCUACAUGUUUGGAAGAAUAAAGGGGGCCUUUGAGUCUCUGUUGCUUUUCAGAAAAAAUGGACACACAAGGCAGAAAAGGGGAAACCUGAAGAGCCUCUGAACUGGCAGUAUGAGCUUUCUCUCUCCUCUCGCCACUUUAUCCCACUGUCUCUCUCCUUGCCUUAUAGAAAACCUACACAUAAACACAGUAAUGAUGAGUGAGAGAUGUUGCCUCUAACUGCUAAAGGGACUCAGGGAGGGAAGUAAAGUGCAGGAGGAAUAUGAACUUAAUGUUAUGUUGGGAUUACUUCACCACACACACACACACACACACUUGAUACAAACACCCAGUGGCCAGUCUGCCUCUGACAACUGCUCUCCUCCAUCUUCCAGCCUCCCAAUUGUGCUGGGAAUUUUGGGGGCCGGCUCAUGUAUUUUUGCAAACUGACCCACCUGCUGUACCUUACCUGGAGGCUGUGGCUGGUGGAGCAGAGGGAGGGGGGUCCAGUGUGUGCGUGUUUAUGUCACCACUGUACAAAGAAGACUUACGAGAGAAACAUGUUUCUCCUCACUCAGCAGGUCGUUCAGUGCUCUCGCAUUCCUGUCUGUCUGUCAACCUCUCUCUCACACACACAACCCGUUUCAGCCAAGGCAAAAUGCCAAGCACAGGGGAAAAAAUCUCAACCGACCAGAUCUGCUGGGCAGCAAAUUGCAGCAAAGGAUUCUGGGUGCUCUUACACCAUUGGCAUUCUGGGAAGGCACCUCCCAUUCUCCUGUUUGCUCUGUCUCAUAGUUUGAGCGCUGACCUCAUGCCAUGUCCUUGUAAACUAACAGCGAAAGAGUGAACUCUCCAGUUAGUCUAAGUCUUGGUUCUACAUUCACCUUCUUGCUGUCAAAAUGUGCUUUUUAUUUUGUCUUUCAUUGGAGAAGCUACGCAGGAACCUGAGCCUAUUGGUCUAUGAAUGGCUUUCUGUGUGUGUGUGUGUGUCUGCACAUGGCUGUCUCGAUGGGUUUUUAUAUUUCCUGAUUUUUCUUAUAUUAGGUGACUAGUGGGAUUAAUCCCAGAGUUGGACCUUCACCUUUCAUGUUGCUUCUCUCACACUGUGGUGGUUUUACAAGUGAGUCUGUGCUGCAGGUUUCAUCGCAUGGACCUUGUUCAAAAAGCACUUUUCUGAGCACUUUGAAGGCACAUUUUAAACUGGAGCUGCCAUGACAUGACAGCCACCAUUCACUUUAUUGUCAAUUCUCUCUGCCUCUCUGCGCACUCUCUCUCUGUCUCUCGGAGCACACCACUGACAUCUAGAGGUAGAAUUGAGUAUAGCAGCCAUAACCUCACUUCGACUCCUGCAUGGAUGUAGCACCAUUUUCCACAGUUGUUUUUUGUGUUUUUUGUAGCAUCUAAUUUUCUUCUGGGUGCAAUUAUCUUGAAUCAUUGUAAUUUUAUCUCUGUGGCAAAAUUGACUUAACGGCUCUUUUUGUGUCAGUGUGUCAAUAACCGAUCAACAACCCAUUUUUAAUUUGUCGCAGAUCAGAUGAGAUUACGUACAACCAGGCACAGUAGUUACAAAGCAUCUGGCCAAACAGCAGUAGGUUAAGACACGCAAUGAAUCAAAUUGCCUCUUUAUCUUUCGUUGUUGGUUUCCACUUCCUCUGUGGACACCAAAGCCACUUGGCCAUUUGUAAAGGGUGUGAACCACCUCCACGAAGAGGAUGUGAUGAUUUGACACAAUGUAAUAUGAUUCGCCAGAAACGGGUGGGAGACUCUUUAGUGUUGAGAAUAAUUGCCAAUCAUGGCUUGAGGCCUUAUCAUGCUGUCCUCUUAAAAAAAAAAAAAGUAAAUCAUGCGUCUGGAAAGCAGAUUCAGACCUGCUCUCUGUCGAUUUAAAAUAUAAUUUGCAAUAGUGUAACCACUACACCAAACCUCCCCCCUUAGUCAAUCACCAUCCAAGUGAGACAUUUGGGCCUGGGAGAGACGGUAGACAGAACAGACAGUCCAUUCAUCCGUCUGCAUGACUGGAAUGGAGCAUCACAGAAUUCCUCGGCCCAGCCUUGGCUGUUACCAUAGAAACCAGCUGGAUGGGGAUCGAGGAGAAAUGCUGAGCCCCGAUCUGAGCGGCCGAAGUGUCUCUGCGAUUACGUGAGCUCGAUAGAGAGUGGGCUUGUGUAAACUUUCAUGUGUCCAUUUUAAGGCGACGCUCACCGACACUGAGUUGCAUCUCUGCAUGUCUCCACAAAUUGCCCUCUCUGUGCCCAAAAGGAAAAAUAAAACCAUUUUUUCACCAGUCACUGAGCUUUUCUCAGCCUACCUAGUUACCGUGCGUGUGUAAGUGUGUGUGUUUCUUAGAGGUAUGAGAGUGAGUGUUUUGGCUCAAAUCAAGCUGUGCUUGGCAGACGGCCAUUAGCAUGAUCCACACAAAUGAAGGAGAGGGAUGCAGCUCUCUUCAUGGUUGUUAGCUCACUGUUAGCUGUCCAGAUUACACACACUGACCCUCAGAGAGGAGGAGGGCUGCGAGGGGGAGGGAGGAAGGGAAGAAGAAGGAGAUGAACAGGCAGCAAAGGGGUGAAUGGGAUCAUUAUUUGGGAGAAGGAGGGAGGAAGCACGGCGACCACUGGUACUUGUGUGUCAGCGUUGGCCAGUGGCAUUCCCUAUGUAUAUUAAUGUGUUAAUACUGAACUGACUGUGAGGCAGCCAAAGACUGUGGAAAAAAGGGUCAAGGGAGGGGAUGGGAAGCAAAGUGACAGAUUUGAACAACAAUAGAAUAAAAAAAAUGUGACUGUGGUUCAGCGAUAUAUGUGGCUGCAUUGCUUUUCUUUCUAUCUUUCUUUUUCUUUUUGCAACAAUGGUGACAGAUGUCUGUUAAUUUAAAAUGAGGAACAAGCAAAACUAUACUCAAAUGGUUGUUUAUUGGUAUGUUAGGGGGUCUAACACUUUGCCCUUUAGUCGGUGGUGAUAGAAAAAAAAAAUCUUUUUAUGUUUUAUUUUAAUAAUUAAAUAAUACAAAGCAUUUUUUUAACAAUUUCUUUGUGAACAACUGAGAGACCAGCCCAGUAUAGUGCAUGAUUUCUUCCUCACCAAGGAAGAGGGCGCCACCACUCUCACUAUUUAAAGAGAUGAUUAAAAAAAAAAAAAAAGAUGAAAUAUUAAGAAAUGAUCGGGGGAAGGAAAUCUAAAAAAGAAAAAAAAGUAAAUGAAGUACUGUAAAAUGAAACAAUAACAACAAACACAACAACUGUCAUUUGCUGAGUAUGGUAAUUUCUCUAAAAUGGGAGUGGUGUAUACAGCAAGGCCUUAUGUGAUCUGUAUCAUAGUUAAUAAAUGAAAUCUUGUAAAA